AUGAAUAUAGACCAUCAUAAGCUUUUCAAGUGCACUUGCUGCUCAUUCAAUCCAUUGCACACCUUGCUCUUGACCCGCUGUGCCCAUCAGUCACCCAGCACGCCACCCGGCACCCAGCACGCCACCCGUCGCCCAGCACACCACCCGGCACCCAGCACGCCACCCGUCGCCCAGCACACCACCCGGCACCCAGCAUCGCCACCCGGCACCCAGCACGCCACCCGUCACCCAGCAUCGCCCAGCAUGCUACCCGGCACCCAGCAUGCCACCCGGCACCCAGCAUGCCACCCGGCACCCAGCAUGCCACCCGGCACCCAGCAUGCCACCCAGCAUCCAGCAUGCCACCCGGCAUCCAGCAUCACCCAGCACGCCACCCGGCACCCAGCAUGCUACCCGGCACCCACCAUGCCCAACACCCAGCAUACCCACUACCAUAAUCCACCAUUAUGA